AUGUCGGGCAGCUACGACCACCUCAAUUCUUCGUCUCAUAACAUGUAUGGACAAGGAAAUGGCUCUGGCUAUAUCACUCCUGCCACACGCUCGAAGCGACGAACCAGCAACUGGAUAAAGUUUGGUAUCCCCGUCCUCCUCCUCGUCAUUGCCGGUGCCGUCGUUGGGGCCGUUGUCGCCACGCGCAGCAAGAAGUCGUCAGACGCAGCAACCUCGUCAACUGGCGGCAGCAGUCUGGAUCCUGCAGCCAGUGUUGCACCCAGUGCAGCAGCUAGCGCGAAGGACGCUAUUGGCAUUUUCCCCACUGCUACAAACAGUCUAUAUAUGGUUCCCAUUUACCCCUCCGCCACCAAUGCAGCUGCGUUCAGCUCCCCCACAUUCCUUUCUGCCGCCAACAGCAAAGCCUCGUGGCCUGAAGAUCCUUUCAAGCCAUCGAACCCUGAUGUCCUCACUGUGAGGACCGACCGACCCCGUCUUAUUGCUCCUGCCUAUAAAUGGGACGCGUUACCGGGCCUCAUUGCCAAAGACCCCUACAUGAAAGCUUGGAACGACAUGAUCCUCAAGAAUGCCUCAGACUAUAGGGCUGCGCCUCCUGUCGUCUAUUUCAAGGACGGUGACUCUGGCAUUCUCGACAACGCCCGCGAAAUAAAACAGAGAAUCAAAGCCUUCGCCUAUGUCUAUCGCAUGACCAAGGACACUGCCUGGGUCGACCGUACUUGGGAGGAGUUACAAAAUGCUGCAGGCAACGGUGCAACAAAAUUCGGCCCCGAUGAUGAUCGAUGGAACGCGGGUCACUUCCUCGACACUGCUGAGUUAUCCGCCGCAUUUGGCAUCGCAUACGAUUGGUUGUACGAUAUGUGGAGCGCAGACCAGAAGACCACGAUCCGGGAUGCUUUGAUUAAGUAUGGCCUCCAACCCGGUGUAACACAAGUCACGACUCCCGCUGGUUGGUGGCGAAGCACCGAUCCAUCCAAUACCAUUAACGGCAAUUGGAAUUGUGUUUGCAACAGCGGAUUGACUCUGGGAUCCUUGGCCAUUCUCGGAGAUGAUACCACUGGAGUCGCACGGCAACUGUUGCAAACCACCGUUGACAACGCUAAACAAGCCUGUGCUCAAGCAGUGUCAACCGAUGGCACUUGGGCGGAAACAGCCAACUACUGGUAUUUCGGAACCACAGGUCACGCUGAGAUGUCUGCGUCUCUUCUCUCCGCAACUGGCUCGCACUACGGCCUCCUCGACGUGAACAAGGACUUCUCCAAGACCGGAGACUUCCACAUGUAUGUCUUCGGACCGACCUCGCUGUUCAACUUCGGCGACCACGGUCCCAACAAAUAUUCGACCACAGCCAACGCGAUGAUGUUCUACUCCACGUUCUACAACCAGCCCCAAUACUCGCUGUUCCAGCGUGACCAAGUGGAUGCUGCCGAGCCGUGGAGCAUGUUCUGGUACAAUCCCACUGUUGCCGGUGCCUACUGGACUGGAAAGCCCCUUGAUCAUUUCUUCGACAACGGUGUUGACCAGUGGGGUUCCAUGCGAAGCACUUGGACUGACAUUAACGCACUCUACGUCGCAAUCAAAUCUGGCCAGAACCUUCAUCAUCAAACCCACAAUGAUCUCGAUGCUGGUGAUUUCGUUCUUGACGCCAUGGGCACCCGAUGGGCAGGAGAGCUUGGUUCCGGUGAUUACAAUUCGCCAAACUACUUCAACGACGGUGAUAAACAAGGCGCGGACCGCUGGAAGUACUACCGCAAGAUGACUGAGGGCCAAAACACCAUCAUGAUCAACCAAGCUAAUCAGAACCUACUGGCCCAGCCAACAAUCAAAUUUGAUAGCAGCAAGACAGUCCAAGGACCAACAACAGUUUUCCAGGUUGAGAAGGACUCGACCGCGUUCUUUACCACUGAUAUGACCUCGGCCUACUUCGAUGCGUCGAGUGUGAAGCGUGGAGUGCGUUUGUUGAAUGGACGUAAACAGGUGUUACUCCAAGAUGAGGUUACGACCGACAAGACCAUCCAGUGGAGGAUGCACACCAACGCGACCGUUGCCAUCGAUAAUGGAGGAACAUCCGCCACUCUCACUAUCGACGACAAGACGAUGAAAGUACAGAUGCUCAACGCGCCUUCAGGAGCUGCUUUCACCAAAAGUGAUGCCAAACGACUGGACUCUGACGUCAAACCUCCUGUUCCCGACCAAGAGAACCCCGGCGUCACAGUGCUCAUCAUCAGCUUACCAGCAGGCACAUAUUCGCUGCAGGUCCUUUUCAACCCACAGUGGUCUGGCAAGACUCGACCCUUGCCAGCCCAAACUUCGUUACCCCUCCUUACGGACCAGUCCCAGCUUUUAGAGCUCGACCCGACACAGAUACUUCCGCAAACUUUACCAACUAUCCCGAAGACUGGCAUGCACGGCAGCGUGACCACUGCCGAGCUGAAUGCUGCAAGAAAACUGGACGAACAAUACUGUCGUCAACAUUUCGAGAAUCAUGUCACCUUCUCCACUCUACCGGCAAUCCUCGAGAAGCUUGGUGGAACAGCGUUUUGCGAUAGAUUCAACCAUCUCAAGCAGACGGCCUCAAAAGUGCUACCAGGAAAACGUGGGCUCAAGCAGAAGGUGAUGGCAGCGUUUGUGGCGGAAUCCACCAACAAUCGAGGUUCACCAAAGGUUCUUCUAGAUCCCAAGCUGUAUAUCGAGAACACUUAUUGGCUAUCUGCUCUAGCCAAGACUGCCCUUCCAGCAACCCAGGUAGAGGUCAUGGAGUUCAUACCGAGUCAAGGGGACUUUAUGCCACACCAACAAGGCUAUGUCAAAAGGCGUAAAUAUGAUGCGGCACUUCGUCCUUUUCAUGCCCAGUCCACAACAAUUUUCAAUGUGCUUGUCAACAUCGAAUACACAGGGAUUGAUGCCCCAUCCUACGCAACAAACCCUCUCAUCGGGGCUUCAGAGCAGAUCAGCAAAUAUCAACAGGCUAUCACUAAUGCCGCUGACUUGCUGACGAUGCAAAGUACCCGCUUCUAUAUCCCGACCUUGUCAUUCCACGGGAGAGGCCGGAAGGCAAAAUUAUUUGUCUCCAUCCUAAAUCAAGAUCGUCUCGAAUUUACUGUUGUCGAGGACUGUUUUGGGUCACAGCUUUCCACUGUCUCCGCUCUCCUUGCUCUGUUUCAACGGGCGUCACUAUACGAGCUCGGUUUCAGCCCACUGUUUACUUACUCCUUCACGACACCACGUCCCGAGUUCUCCUUGGGUGAUGCUAUGCCCCAUGUUAUCCAUCUCCCCGAAUUUCCCGAGAUUGACCUUACGGGCAGGCGGCUCUCACAGCUACGCACAAGACCUUUCGGACGUUCAACGUUGGUCCUCGAAGGAGUUCACAGUGACCCUACAAAGAUUUGGGUCAUCAAGUUAACUUUCAUUGUGGAUAACCAUGCAUGGAGAGAAAAGAUCGUCUUGGAUGCUCUCUGCUCUGAUUCAAACAGCCCCCAUUAUGUCCCAAAAUUGGUAGCCUGGUUUACCGCGGUUGGGUCGCACUAUCCGACAUGCAAUCAUGGAUCACAGUCGCUGAAGACUUCCCGAGAACGUCCUGCCGCUGGCACCCUUUCACUCCCUCCUCUCAUUCCCCGACAUCUGGAAGCGAUGGCUUUUGAGUCGCCUCGUGAUACUCGCAAGCUCAUAGAGCUGGAGACCUCAGAACUCAUCGAUAUUGCUAUAGAAAUCUUCUUGGCCUUGCUCGACACAUUCAAGCGGCACAUUAUCCACCGCGAUGUGUCUUCUGGGAACCUCCUUGCCGUUGCGCAGCGAAUAUUAGUGAUUGACUGGGAGACUGGCCGCAUAUUCGAGUCAGAGCCUCUUCAGUCCGGUACAGAAGUAACAGGAACUCUGGACACCAUGGCGGUACUCGCUCUCAAAAAGACACUGAAUCCUCUGCCUCAUGAUGAUGUCGAAUCUGCUGCUUAUGUUCUUCUCAAAGCAUUGACACAAGGAUUCCAGCGUCACAAUCCACUCUGCCCACCCGAAUGGCAAGAGUGCUUGGCAAAAUAUCGGUGGGACAAUGGUGACAGUCAGCCUUUUGAUUUGAUAGCAUCGCGCCUCAAUUUGUGGGAUCGCAAUGACUUUAGCACGCUUGGGGACACCAAGACUUACUUCAAGAAAGCAGGAGAUCAUCUUGCCGUCAAGUUCAUCGACGCUAUUUUCUCAAUGCCAUUGCCUGUUCAUCGGUGGAACGCUGGGCUAGACGAAAUGGCCGCGACAGCCGCGACAUGGCCGCGACACAGCCGCCCGCAGAGCCGCCGCAGGGCCGCGCCAUGGCCGCGACAUGGCCGCAACGACUGUCACGCUCCAUUGCAGUUGGCCGCAAGCUUGCCAGUGGCCACACAAAUGACAAAUGGUAAGAGAAUACUUGCUUCAGCUGUGUGGCUGCCAGGCAAUGUCCCAGUGCCUCUUGUUUCAUUGUUUGUGUGCAUGCCAGUGCCAGCCUGA